AUGAGCCCUCGUACUGCUGUCCUUCUCAUUGACCCGCUCAAUGACUUCAUCCACCCAGAUGGAAAGUUGUAUCCUCUCGUCAAGGAUAGCUUGGAGUCAUCCAACUCUCUCGAGCAUAUCAAAGAACUGGUUGCCGGCGCAAGAAAAGCCCACAUCCCUAUUUUCUAUGGUCUUCAUCAAAUGACCAAGGAUGGAACUUACUCAGGUUGGAAACACAUGAAUGCGCAGCAAAUUCGAACCAAACAGAACAUGGCGUUUUCCGAAGAGUUUGGUGGCCAAAUUCUGGAAGGCCUGGAGCCUCAGCCUAGCAAUGGCGAUGUAGUUGUCUCUCGACACUGGAACAGCAAUUCUUUCGCGAACACCGACAUGGAGUUUCAACUCCGGCAGCAUGAUAUUACACAUGUUGUGUUGGCAGGCUUAACCACCAACUCUUGCGUGGAGUCUACUGCACGAGCUGCUCGUGAAUUUACCGAUGCAACUGCAGCGUUUUCCAUUGAGUUGGAAAAGGCAGCAGUCAAUGUGGUUUGGCCCAUGAUCGCAGACCAGCUGAUGACGGCCAGCCAGUGGGCAUCUUCCGUCUGA